GAAGACUUCGAAGAUAUAUUGUACUUGCUACAGCUCAGACUAGCAAUUAACAUGCGUGCACCGUUCGCCCUUCUCGUUGUGCUGGUGGGUGCCGUUUUAGCCGGCUAUCCCUAUGGGGGUGCAUAUUACGGAAGUUACGGCGGCUAUGGUCAUGCUGUACCGUACGUGUAUGGAGCUGCCUACGGUGCCCCCUACCUCGCCGCACCCGUUGUUAAGGCGCCUCUGGUCUCCAGCUAUGCCUACACAACCAAAACUAUCCACACGGCCCCCCUUGUAGUAGCUCCUGCUGUAAAGCCCGCAUACUACGGAGGUUACGGGGGUCUGUAUAGAGGGUACGGUUAUGCAUCACCCAUCUAUGGUCGAUACAAGCAUUACUAUAAAAAGUAGACAAGGGGACCGUCUCUUUAUUUGACGAACCGAAUAAAUAAAUGAAGGAAAGCCAAAAAUAUAAGUGCCGCGCAAAUGAUCCAGCUACUUUGUAAGCCGCAGAUCUGCACCUCCUGUUCCUAUCUGAUAUCGUUAAUCCAUCCUUGAUGGAUAGCUGUAUACUGCCAAAUACUUGUUUCCUAGUAGAUUUUUAAGAAUAAUAUGUAUUCAGAGAUGCUCUUUUUGUUCAAUGAUAAUUUAUUUGUGUUAUGUACGUUGUCAUUUCUAAUCAAUAAAUAAUCCACACGCA